GAGGAAGUGGCGGCGGCGGCGGCGGCCGGGGGCGGCGAGCGCUGGGGCUGCGCAGGCGGCAGGCAACGGCUGAGGCGGCGGCGGCGGCGGUGUGGGUUGGGCUCGAGCGGGCGGCGGCGCCUCAGACUGCCCGGAACGGGAGCCCACGCGGGCGGGCGCCCGAAACAAAGGGAAGCGGGCGUCCGGGCGCCGCGGGUGGGCGGUCAGUCGGUCAGCGCAGAGCCAGCCAGCGGGUGCCCGCGCAAGCCCCGAGCGCGGCCGGCCGGCGCGGCCUCAGGGCGGGAAGAUGCCGCGCGUCGUGCCCGACCAGAGAAGCAAGUUCGAGAACGAGGAGUUUUUUAGGAAGCUGAGCCGCGAGUGUGGGAUUAAGUACACGGGCUUCAGGGACCGGCCCCACGAGGAACCCCAGGCGCGCUUCCAGAACGCCUGCCGCGACGGCCGCUCGGAAAUCGCUUUUGUGGCCACAGGAACCAAUCUGUUUCUCCAGUUUUUUCCGGCCAGCUGGCAGGGAGAACAGCGACAAACACCUAGCCGAGAGUAUGUCGACUUAGAAAGAGAAGCAGGCAAGGGCGGUUCCACUUUGGGUUUGUGUAGUCCUCGAUCACGUGAGGAGAUGCGUCGGUCCCAGAGCAAUCGAAGUAUCAUCCCCAUCCUGAGCGGCCUCUUUUCUGGGAUCAAGAGGACCACACUCCAGCCCAGGACAAAACCCCACAGCAGCUCAUUGUCCCGCAGGAGAGGAGCAGACCCACCUCCAAGAAGAUGGUUGUACCCCUGCACGGCUCUUCUCUGAGCAAUGAAGCCACACCACGAUACAGUUCUGAAGAGGAAGCCAGGAAUGGGAGACAGCAACAAUCCCUGUCCCUGGAAUGCUGGCCUCUCUGGACAAGUCAUGCGUUUCGCACCCCUCCCCUUAUGCCCGUGGCGGUGGCAAGGUUCUGUAACUUGCCUGGGCUCUGGCCUGUGCUCUGUCCUCCCUCUUGCUCUGUCUCCCCUGUUUCUGAGGGGCCUAGUUGCCUCUUGGUCUGGCUGAAUAACUUCGAAGAUCGCUUCCCAGUCCAUCAGGGAGACACUUUCUGGAGAUCCGCGACAUGACUCUCUCUCUCUCCAAACCUGUUUCUGCUGGAUUGGGCAGGUCUGAUAAGCCUGGAACACUUGGCUUCCAUGUGUGUCUCAGACAGGGAAGCUUCUUUGGUCUCCUUGUUUCACCUCAUCGGUGGGUGGAUUGCCUAGAAUGAGCGCUAGAUGAUCAUGACUGGCCUUGUCUUCUAGGACAGGUGGUGUCCCAUUUCCUUUGCACGUCCUGUCUCACAAAUGAGGGAUAUCCUCUCCUCUGCUCAUAGGUGGACUGAUUCCCUGAAUCUUUUGGCUGUAACGAAUGUCAGGAAACCAAAGUAACUGGGCUGGGCCUGGGGAUGGGGAUGGGGCUGGGUGCAGGGAAGGUUGUGUCAGGGCUACCUGGGCGGUGGAGGCUUCGGGGUGGGGUGAAUGUUGCAGAAACCUCUGUGCUCCUCUGGCAGGCAUUUCAAAAUGUGGCUUGGACUGAGGCACAGGCCCCGUCCAGGUUCCCAGGUCUUCUUUGGGUUUCCUUGGCACUCAGGGAAAGGCCACUUGUUCCCCCUUUCCACUGGGUACAUGCCUGGACACCAUUGUUGGUUUUGCCAUCACCCCAUAUGCCUCCGGUGACACACAUUCACCUCAUCUUCUGUGGGAUACGCCAGUGCCACGCGUGAUCGCAUUGUCUCCACCUCGGCUUCACACCGUCCCUGUUUGCACCUGUCCUGGAAAGCGGUGUCCGCUUGCAGGAGCCCCAGGGCUUUUAGAAGCGGGGCACGCCCUGCUCUUUCAAGGGAGGAGGGAGGCAGAGGGCUCACGGAUCAGUGAACUUUCAGCUGACACCACGCCUUGAGGGCCAUGGGAUCAUUCUGUGCUGCAGCGAGGACCUGCCUGCCUUACCAGAUGUGCUGAGCCCAUCCUUUCUAACCCGGAGGAGUCCAAACUAGGAUAUGAAGAGGAGUCCUGAGAACCCAGCAGGCGCCCUGAAGAUCCCCCUCCAUCGGUGGAAGUCAGCUCAAGGAGGUCCUGAAGACUGGACUUCUGAGGGUUUGGCCCUGGGACAGGAUACUCAAGGACUCCUCUCCCACCCCGCCCCAAACUGGACCUCAGCCCCCACACCACAGCCCCCACUUUCUCCCCAGAGCUGAGGGAUAGACCGAGAAUUGCGACUAGAAAUUCGAUCGAUUGGUAUGAGGGAUCACGUGGCCAGGGGCUGGCCAAUGACCAGGCCGCCCGGGAUGAGCUAAUAAUGGAAGCAAUUUGUAACUUUCAGUAGCUCUCUAGGCCUGGGUACCAGAGGGAGGGAGGCGGGCACCCCCAGUCUUUCCAUCCUCCUCAUUCGUCUAGGGGCACCCGAGUCCCCUAUUCCUUAUUUCUCCUAUCACUCAGGCACUGGCAGGGUCCUUUGCCACUCCUGUUGGCCGCCGUGGCUCCAAAGCGAGGUAAGCUGGUCCUCUACCCCUCAAACUCUUCACAACCCUCACCCCGUUUACUAGCACCUGCAAACCACAGCCUCCCUUCCUGUCCCAUUAGUGAAUUUAAAUCGGAUUUUGUUUUUCCUCUUAGUUGAAAGAAAAAAAAUCUUUUUGUAUUCUUUUGUGUAACCUAUCUCGGAUUUGGAGAAAAUUUUAAUUCAAAUUCAUACACUUAUAUUGGGUGGGGGGGUGAGUGGUACUUUCCUCCUUUUCAAUAAAUUUCUAUACUUGCUAC